AUGCCACUUGCAAAGGAUCUCCUGAACCCGUCCCCGGAGGAUGAAAAGAGGAGGCACAAAAAGAAACGACUUGUGCAAUGUCCCAACUCUUACUUUAUGGAUGUCAAAUGUCCAGGUUGCUACAAAAUCACCACAGUGUUCAGCCACGCUCAGACAGUAGUGCUGUGUGUCGGCUGCUCCACAGUCCUCUGUCAGCCCACGGGAGGGAAGGCGCGGCUCACGGAAGGUUGUUCGUUCAGAAGGAAACAGCACUAA